AUGGCUGCCACACAUGGUGUCUGUGAUCCCGCAUUCAAGCGGGUCCGUGAUCUUUUCGAACAAAGAUUGGCAUCGGGAGAAGAAGUGGGUGCCUCAAUCUGCGUCAACAUCGACGGAAAGAAUGUCCUCGAUAUCUGGGGCGGUCAUGCAGACGCCGCAAAGACACGCUCAUGGGAAGAAGACACCCUGGGCGUCGUAUUCUCAACCGCUAAGGUAGUCGUUGCCGUGGCCGCGAUGAUCCUCGUUGAUCGCGGCCUGCUCGACGUCGAAGAGAAAGUGUCAAAGUACUGGCCGGAGUUCGCAGCCAAUGGCAAAGAAGACACAAAGGUGUGGCACAUCCUCAGCCACACAUCUGGCGUGCCCCAUUGGGACACGCGGAUUCCAUUGGAGACCAUUUACGACACCAAAACUUCCACCGAUAUGCUUGCUGCCCAGGCUCCGUGGUAUAAGGCCGGGGAGGGAUCGGCCUACCAGGUAGUUUGCCAUGGACAUUUAGUCGGCGAGCUAGUGCGGCGCAUUAGCGGAAAGUCAUUGAAGCAGUUUAUUGCAGAUGAGAUCACAGACCCAUUGGGCGCGGACUUUGAUCUCGGUGUGGCCGAAAAGGACUGGCCGCGUACAGCGGAUAUCAUCACCUGUGCGCCGGCGCCUCUGCCACCGAUCGACCCGCAAAGUGUGGCGGGUAAAGCUCUGUCCAACCUUAUAAUGAACCCUGAGGAUUCCCAGACGCCUGGGUUCAGGGGCGCUGAGGUCGGCGCCUCGAAUGGUUUUUCAAAUGCGCGUGCGCUGACUAGGAUUGGUUCAAUUGUUUCUCUGAAAGGAACGGUCGAUGGGAAGCAGUAUCUUGGGUCUAAGACCAUCGACCAGAUGGUUCAGGAACGGAUGAGCGGUGUCGAUCAGAUCUUGUUCUUCCACGUCAGGUUCGGGCUGGGGGUUGCCCUGUCAGUGCCACAGGUCGUCACUUUUAUCCCCGAAGGAAACAUUUGCUUCUGGGGAGGCUGGGGUGGAUCUAUAGUGGUCAUGGAUCUGGAUCGCCGCAUGACUAUCUCUUAUACCAUGAACAAAAUGGGACUGGGGAUCUCGGGCAAUGACAACGCCAAGGCUUACAUUGAGGCAAUUUAUGAAGUCAUGGCAGAGAACAAGCCGUCUGCAUCUAACUGA